AGUUAUAUAAUCGUUGCUCCGAACGCCCAACAUCGUUGUGACUUACUUCAUCAUCUUCGCACUUGUGAAAGUGCCCUACCCCUCCUUCCCCCCUUUGCCUGUGAUCCGAUACUACUUUCACGACGCGAACAACAUCUGCCACUUCGUAUUCAGUGCCGCCACCCAUCUCGACGCCGUACACUAUCGACCACCCUGCCACCAGUCUUAAAAUCACGACGCCAACCCUUCCCAGUAAGCCAUGGUCCCCGCAGAAAACGCGGUCGGAUCAGCCAUCGAACUGUAAGGACUGGCACCUCGUGACGCCCGGAGAGUAAUGCGAGUCCAUUGUCAGCGAUCACCACGGAUGGGUAGGAAUGGAGGACUGGCAUCUAUGAAAUCAUACUAUGCUCGUAGUUGGUUACCAGAACCUAACUCGUGGCUUGUGCCAUCAUCCCAGUCUUCCUCGGAACCCCAGCGCUUCUUCCUAAUGUUUGUCCCCAACGCCACGGUCCCGCCUAUGGUAAUCCCGGCAUCCGUGGAGCUGCCGCCUGUCGACACAGACUUUGAGCCCAACCCGGUACAGGACCCGCUGCCUACAGACUACGUGGAGUACUACCAGAUGUGGUCAAUAAGAUAGAGCCGUCCUCAUUCCAUAUACAAGUUCCAGCCUACUAACACUUGUUCCCCCGAACAAAAACAGGCCGACACACGCCGCCAGGUCGUGCCAAUGCACAAGAGCAUCGCCGAAUGUCAGUCCCUGGCUUGGUAGCUGUUUCUAAACAAUAACUGCUAUGGCCUCUGGCCUGGUUACUACUGCCGCCUGUGAGUCAGUAACGCCAUCCCGAAGCCGCCGCCGGACUGCACGACUAGUAUGCCGAGCGAGCCCUCAACGUCCACAUCGUCUAGACCCGUAGCGACACCACUGCAUCUGCCAAUGUUGCGGGAGUCAGCAUCUCUUCAAAGUGGGGAGCUUUACUCGCAUAAAUGAGUAAUAAUGAAGAUAUUAUAUAUGAAUCCUUGCUAUUUAUGCCAAUGUGGCGGCCAUUGGUAUUAUUGUCGGGCGCUUGCAUUGACUAUAGUAUUCUCAAGAUGGGUUCCAUGAUGUAAAAUAAUAUUUAUUACACGUAUAAGAC